AUGAAGCCAGCGAUUGUUGGAGGAUCGGUUGGAGGAGCCGUGGCGUUGAUGUUUGUGGGGUGGUGUAUCAUCUCCUGUUUGAAGUGGACAAGGAGCACAAGUCAUGACUUCUUGGCACGAACUGGUGGAGCCAGAUGGUUUGAGUACUGUGUUCUGGCUGCGGCAACGGACAACUUCUCUGAGCAGAAGAUUAUUGGGCAAGGUGCUUUUGGAGUAGUUUACAGGGGUAAGCUUGCCAAGGGAUCGUCAUCAGGCGUGCCCUCAAGAGAAUUGGAUAGUCUACCCUCCAAGGUAUCUGCAGACGACACUGAGGUGGCUGUAAAGAAGAUCUUGAAAGAGGUGAGACGCGGAAAUCUGGACUUCUUUGCCGAGAUAAACGCCAUUAGCCAAGCAAAGCACAAGAAUCUCGUCAAAGUGAAAGGUUGGUGCCGUAGGGAAAACAACCAAAACCUACUCGAUUUUAUGUGCUGGUGCGGCAGGAAGAAAAAGGAUGACGAGGUCUUCCUUGUCUAUGAACUGGUGCCCAACCGUGACCUGGACUACCACCUAUUCAAAUGUGACCAAGUAUUGUCUUGGCCAAAAAGGUACCAAAUCGUGAAAUAUAUUGGCUCUGCUCUCGUUUACCUCCACCGUGAUUGCCACCGUCCAAUUCUGCAUAGAGAUAUCAAACCCGGCAAUGUACUCCUGGACAACGGCUUCAAGGCCAAGCUUGCUGACUUUGGGCUGUCGAGGAUCGGCAAUAAGAACAACGCGGCGAUAAUGACAACUGCUAUAGGGACCCUAAGGUACAUGGAUCCAGAAUGCAUGAAUGAUGGGAAAGUCGAGUUGCACCCUAGAUCUGACGUCUACAGCUUUGGAAUAGUCCUGCUAGACAUUAUAUGCACCGGGAAGUCCAGGUUGGAAGUAUGGGAGCUAUAUCAAGGAGGCAAGGUCAUCGAGGCUGUAGAUGAAAAGUUGCAUGGGGAUGACUUUGCUACGUGGCAGACGCAGAUGCAGCGUGUGGCUGUCCUAGGACUCUGGUGUUCUCUUCUUGACGGUGCCAAAAGGCCUACUGUUCAGAAGGCAAUGGAGUUCCUGGAACGUGAUGAGCCGUUGCCUAACCUUAACUACGCGAUGAACAAUAGGCUGCCCUUGGCAUAUCAUGAUGCCUACACUAGUCAUUGCUCUGACGAGCAGACACUUAUGAGCGAUGCUGUUGGUGGAAGGACGGGCAAGAAGGCUGCAGCAACUCCAAAGAACAAACCAGACCCAGCAGCGACGACGGCGGCUACUCCGACGACACGGAAGCUGGAUGGAUCUGCUGGACGGGGUUCUUCCAAGUCUCCGGUGCAGAGCAAGAUGCCGGACCAUGCUACAAGCCUGUCUGCUAGAUUGGGUAGUAUGGUGCUCAUGGACAAGGAGGCAAAUGGCAUAACUUUUGAUGAUCCAGAAGAUGUAAGGCCAAAGUUCUCACGAUGGGUGGCAGUGGGAAAAGCUUGCACGACCAGGCCCAUGAACAAGACUGUGCUGGAACGGCCGAUGCUGCGUGCGUGGGGCCUUCACAAGGAGGCUAAAUUCAGAGUUCUGGGUGGAAACAUUUUUAGGUGCAAUUCGGCAGUGAAGGUGACUGGAAGCAUGCCGGGAAUAAUGGCCCGUGGCAGUAUGAUUUCAAUGUUUUGA